UACACCUCAGAUAAUACCCAUAGGAUGCAACUAAUACAGUUAUAAUUCACUUGAUUCGCCGAUUGUUGGCGCGUAAACUGAAACGGGACAAAUGGCUACGGAUGCUAUAAUGAGUAUAAAAGACUGUUCAUUAUCAGAGAAAGAACCAGCUAAACUCAAUAAGAAGCGCGAUGAUUAUCUUCAUUGGCCGGACUAUUUUAUGGCAACAGCAUUUCUAUCGGCACAAAGAAGUAAAGACCCACGAACACAGGUCGGAGCAUGCAUUGUAAAUGAAGAGAACAAAAUUGUUGGAAUUGGUUAUAAUGGGAUGCCUGUUGGUUGCCACGAUGAUGAAAUGCCAUGGGGACGAGAUUCAGACAACAUCCUGGAAACCAAGCAACUGUAUGUGUGUCAUGCGGAGUUGAAUGCUGUGUUAAACAAGAACUCUGCGGACGUCAAGAACUGCACGAUAUACGUGGCGUUGUUUCCCUGCAAUGAAUGUGCCAAGGUCGUGAUACAGUCGGGGAUAAAGGAGGUGGUAUAUUACUCGGACAAAUACAAGGACAAACCCGAGUUUGUGGCCUCCAAAAAAAUGCUAGACAUGGCAGGGGUCAAAUAUAGGCAACACAUUCCCAAACAGAAGCAGAUUUUGAUAGAUUUCACAGCCAUUGAUGCAAUGACAGGGACAAAUGUGAAAGAAGUCUUAAAAGCUGACCAGACUUCCUUCUAGGUCAACCAAUCCCCCACAAAGGAUCUCCCAAAUAUGUGUUCAAGAACUAUGUCUUUCUUUUUCAGUGCACUACGUUUUGAUCAGAUCAGGGGGACUCCCAAAUGUGUUCGAGAACUAUGUCUUUCUUUGUCAGUGCACUAUGUUUUGAUCAAUUUAUUACUUUGUUACUUGGUAGAGCCAUUUUAACAAGACCUAGGAAUAUCUACGUCUUGCAUCGAAACAAGUAAAAAAAAUGAUAGCUGUUUGACACAA